UUUUGUAUUGAGGGCCAAUAUUCUGCACUGCUUUUAUUAAGAAAGAACUCGUCAACAAACACUGAAUUGUAUUCCCUAUUCUCAUCCAAUGAUUUUUGCCUCUCUCUUCUUAUUACCUCACCUUGGAGUAUUCUUAAUCUGGUUAUCAUCUUUUCAAUCUCAAUUUUGCGUUUAUGAAAUUUCGGGUCCGAUUCUCCUUUCUUCUCAUUUUCAAUUAUAUGACCUAUUAAUUUGUAAUGCUCUUCGGCUAGAUUUUCAUUGUAAUUGUCGGGGAAAAUUUCAAAAUACUCAUCAAUAA